GAAUAUAAUAGGUUGAUACGAUAUCUUGCAUGCAGCUCUAUCUUCAAAUCUGAAUAGCCGCAAGAUCAAGUAUUGCUCCAACUAGCAUCACUAGCAUUAACCCCCAAAUCAAGCCGUCUGUAGUUUAAAUCAGCAUGCAACUUACCGAUAUUAAAGCAUUCUUCGUCGGUUUAGGCCGUCAACGCCAACGAAGCCAAAAGACCCUAAAGGCCUAUUCCACCUUGGCCACAAAUCCAGAAAAUACCAUCGGCAUUCCGAUGAGUGCUGGAAGCGAAAGUAAUGAUUCUAGCUUUGCCAGCCUCCAAAAGGAUUACCAAUGGAGCUUAUCUCCGGGUCGUCUCCCCGAGUUCCUCUCCCACUUCACCUUGGGUUUCGCAGAUGGCCUCACGGUUCCAUUCGCACUGACGGCAGGACUAUCGUCCCUAGGUUACACUAAGACGGUCAUCUACGCCGGGAUGGCCGAAAUCUGUGCUGGGUGCAUCAGUAUGGGCAUCAGUGGAUAUCUUGCGGCGAAGGGGGAAACAGCCAUGAAGAACCGAGAUCACGGCGAGGGGCUCGAGUUGGCCGGACGAGAGAACAUCCUAGAAUAUCUUGCGCCCUUAGAACUGCCGUCUCAUCUUCUCCAAUACGUAAAGGAUCAUAUCGACUACAACCCUGCUGUGUCGCGACGGCUGCAGUGCCACUUGAACUCGACUGCCGAUGGUUUGACAAGUAAUACCAAAGGAUUCCCGCCUGCACUGGUCGGACUGUCAGUAUCCGUCGGGUACAUGCUCGGUGGUCUGCUUCCGCUAUUCCCGUACUUUUUCGUCAGCGAAGUUGCGGAUGGCCUUCGUUGGAGCUUCGUUGUCUGCGUUUUGGCCUUGUUCGUCUUCGGGUUUGCCAAGGACUAUCUUCUCCAUAAGGAAUCCGUCGGAAGUAGUUGGCAAUAUGGGGGUACGAAAAGAGGCCCUGUCGUGUGGGAAAGGGUGAAAAAAGGCUGCUGGGAAGGGAUAUGGAUGGUCGUUAUGGGAGGUAUUGCCGCCGUUGCAGCUGUUUUAUGCGUCAAACUCUUCGAGGGUGUUGUACCGUAAACCAUAACACCCUCCUCAAGAAUAUUUUAUAUAGCUCCGGGAUUCCGUCGCAUUAUUAUACCUUCCCCUAAGUCAUCCAGUAAACAACCCGAGUUAUAGGAAUGCCUAGUAAUGCCUAGUUAUGUAUUCCGUUC